CAGUGGCUGGCUGUUCGGAACGUUGACAUUCUAUUGGGCACUUCUGUUGUCAAUCUUACGAGAAAUAUUUUCAGGAAUGGUGGUUUCCCACAUAACAACCUCUAGUUUUAGCAAUAACAGUAUUUAGAGCCAAGAAUUAAUACCGAAGAGCUUCACGGAAAAGAGGAAUUUCUCGUUGCUUAAUCAUGUACGGUUUUGUCAACCACGCCUUGGAACUUCUGGUACUGAGGAAUUAUGGGCCAGACGUGUGGGAAGACAUCAAGAGAGAAGCUCAACUUGAUGUUGAAGGCCAGUUCCUGGUCAGAUUAAUUUAUGAAGAUGCCAAAACCUAUGAUCUUGUUGCUGCUGCAAGCAAGGUUCUUAAGAUAGAUGCUGGUCAAAUCCUGCAAAUGUUUGGAAAGAUGUUUUUUGAGUUCUGCCAAGAAUCUGGAUAUGACACUAUACUACGUGUGUUAGGGUCCAAUGUUCGCGAAUUCUUGCAGAACCUAGAUGCUCUGCACGACCACCUGGGCACCAUUUACCCAGGCAUGCGGGCACCAUCUUUCCGCUGCACUGACGGUGAGAAGGGGACCAACCUGAUUCUGCACUACUACUCAGAGCGAGAGGGCCUGCAGGACAUCGUCAUCGGCAUAAUCAAGACAGUGGCUCAGCAGAUCCAUGGCACAGAGAUUGAGAUGAAGGUCAUUCAGCAAAAGGGCGAGGAGUGUGACCACAUCAAGUUCCUGAUUGAGGAGAAGGAGUCGGAGGAAGAGGCCUUCUAUGAGGACCUGGACGGCUUUGAGGAGAACGGCACGCAGGAGACACGGAUCAGUCCCUACACCUUCUGCAAGGCCUUUCCCUUUCACCUGAUGUUUGAUCAGGACCUCACUCUCACACAGUGUGGCAAUGCCAUCUUUAGAGUCCUACCACAGCUCCAGCCUGGUGUGUGCAACCUGUCCUCCGUUUUCUCUCUGGUGCGGCCCCACAUUGACUUCGGCUUCCAUGGAAUCCUUUCCCACAUUAACACCGUCUUCGUGCUUCGCAGCAAGGAGGGUCUGCUGAACGUGGAGACGGCCGAGAGUGAGGAUGAGCUGACGGGCACUGAGAGUAGCUGCCUGCGGCUAAAAGGCCAGAUGAUCUCCCUCCCUGAGACCGAGAACAUCCUCUUCCUCUGCUCCCCGAGUGUCAUGAACCUUGAUGACCUGACGCGGCGGGGUCUGUACCUGAGCGACAUCCCGCUGCAUGACGCGACGCGGGACCUGGUGCUGCUGGGAGAACAGUUCCGUGAGGAGUACAAGCUGACCCAGGAGCUGGAGAUCCUCACUGACCGCCUCCAGCACACACUCCGCGCCCUCGAGGACGAGAAAAAGAAAACAGACAGACUGUUGUACUCUGUGCUGCCACCAUCAGUGGCUAAUGAGCUGCGCCACAAGAGGCCUGUACCUGCCAAGCGCUAUGACAACGUCACCAUUCUCUUCAGCGGCAUCAUGGGAUUCAACACUUUCUGCAGCAAGCACGCCUCAGCCGAGGGAGCCAUCAAAAUAGUCAACCUGCUCAACGACGUGUACACUAGAUUUGACAUCCUCACUGACACAAGGAGGAACCCGUAUGUCUAUAAGGUGGAGACGGUGGGUGAUAAGUAUAUGACAGUGAGCGGCCUCCCGGAGCCCUGCACCCACCACGCCCAGUCCAUCUGCCACCUGGCCCUGGACAUGAUGGAGAUCGCCGGCCAGGUGAAGGUAGAUGAUGAGCCUGUACAGAUAACCAUAGGCAUCCACACAGGAGAGGUGGUCACGGGGGUGAUUGGUCAGCGGAUGCCCCGUUACUGCCUGUUUGGGAACACUGUUAACCUGACGAGUCGCACUGAGACCACAGGCGAGAAGGGCAAGAUCAAUGUCUCUGAGUAUACUUACAGGUGUUUGCAGUCGGCUGAAAAUGCAGACCCCCAGUUCCACCUGGAGUAUAGAGGGCCGAUCACUAUGAAGGGCAAAAAGGAUCCAAUGAAAGUGUGGUUUCUGUCACGGAAGACACCGGAGACAAAUGUGUAGUGUCUGUCCUACAGCAACAUGCCACUCUCAGUUUCAAUAUUUCCUACUUGUGCAGACACAUCAUAUUUAUCUUGAACACAGUACAUUAAAACAAAUCACGUGUUAUUAACAUAACUCAUGUAUUGUAUGUUUUCAUGUGUGUUUUUUGUAUGAAACCUGUUGUAUCUUUAUUAGUUAAAACCGUCAAUAAUAUUAUAAUAUAAUUAAUAAUAGCUAGAGCCGUUAAUAUGCUUACAUCACCAUCUCCAUUGAUUCAAACUUGUCUGCUCUUUUGACUCACAACUCAAUAUUCUGGAGUUCAUGGGUGUUAUUUAUUUUAUUGUUCAUUAUGCUUUGGGAUGUCUGCUUUCAAGGUGACGAGGCUCUCCCACAUGGUGAGAUUACACAGUAUUGUUAAUGAUUUAAAAACUCCAAUGAUAUUCAACUGACAUUCACAUUUAUAUGUUUAUAAAUAUGAUCAUAAGCUUUAAAAAGUAAUAUAUAGUCCUUUUUAAGUGUGCUUUUAAACACAAUUCUGUAUUUAAACAUAGCAGAACAUAUUUAUUUUUUGUAUGUAUGUACACUUUCCGAAAAUGAAUAAUAAUUGCUAUCUUAAUUUAUAGAAUGGGCACUAUACAUAGUCUAAGUCAAGUUUGUAUCUAAGUAGCUCUGUUUCUGAAAUAGCAUUUUGAUUCUAAUAUUUAAUUCUAAUCCCUGUGUGCUGUGUUUCUACAAAGGUUUAACCAUAUUAGUUGCUACCACUCUCAGUAUCUUGCCUGUACUGUAUUUGAGGAGAGUUUUAGCCUGUAUGGUUUUAGUCAAUUGGCUUACAUGUCCUCUUUUGUUUAAAGUGCUUAACUUUACUCGGUCAAAUUUAGAUGAUGUAGUAUGUCACAUUUUCUGUAUUUGUCUUUUUAAAGAUGAUUUUGGUGCAGAAGAGCAGCCGUAGUGCAUGUAUCCAUGACUGAGAAAUGUAGGCUUCAUUUUUCUGACAUCCUCUAAAAUGUAAAUCUGUGCCACUUCAAAAAUCACAAUUGGCAAUAGCCAUGUAAGUUAUUCUUAAGUUAUUUAUGAACCAAAAUGGGGCUGUUGUUGUCAUUUCUGUUGAUUUGCUACAACGUUAUAUCCAAGUAUCAAAAUGUGCCAAGUGCCUCACAAUGUAUUACCUUCAGAUUCCUCUUCCUUUGUAAUGAAGUGUCUAAAAUAGUAAAGGCCUAUUUAGAUUCUCUCUGAUGUUCAGUAACAUUGUCAGGUAUACUAUGAAGUUAUUUUUAGGAGGUUUUGCCAUUUACUUGCUUUUCAGGAUUGCAGGAAGGCAUCUCCUGAGGUGUGAGAGGCUGAAUAAGGUAUUAAGUUACUGAGCAGGCUGUGAGAAAUCCACACUCUCUAAUUGCUCACCUUUCAUUUUGCGUAGAAGUACUAUUAGCAGUUCCUCAGAUUAGAUUCCUUUUUUUUCCCGAUUCUUUAAAGUGUUGAAAAUUAAGUGUUACGUUAGUGUGAAAAUAAAAAUGAAUAAAGCAAUAUGGAACUUC